CGCACUUCUAAUCAUCUCUUUUUUGCUCUGUUCAUUGAGUCGUUGCCCAAGGGAGUACAGGGAAAAAGUACAGUGGGGUUCCUGCUCCAACAACAACCAGGAUUUUCCUGUUGAAACUCUCCCUGACACAGGGCUUUACCUUCUAGAAGAUUGAGAAUUAAAGCAACAUUUGCAUCCGAAACAUUUUUAUUCUGCUCCUCUGAUCCUUGCAGAAUCCAGCCUCUAGAUAAUAGCUUUUUCAUGAUUUAAGUUUUCUAAAUUUAAAUCGUAAUGUAUUUGGCUUGGUGAUGAAGCAAAUGUAGCAAGCCACUAGGCCAAACCUAGCUCACCAGAUGUCUGAGACUCCACUGGACCCACACAAAUCCUGUGACAAAGAGGUGUGCCAUCAUGGUGACUGUAAGGAGAUUAACAAUCAGUCUCCACUGAACCUCUGUGCAUCAUGUGACAGCAAAAUCCACGAAGCAAUGCACUUUGAUCGGCAUAUCCGAUUUGACCUCCCACCUCAAGGGUCUGUUUUGUCCAGGAAUGUCUCAACACGGUCCUGUCCACCACGGACCAGAACUUCGUCAGACAAGGAGGAGGAUGAUGAUAGCGGGAUGGAUGGAAAGAGUGAGAAGAGGAAUUCUGCACUUAAGCUGAGCAAGAAGAAAGCUCGUCGACGCCACACAGAUGAUCCCAGUAAGGAAUGUUUCACUCUGAAGUUUGAUUUGAAUGUCAACAUUGAGUCAGAAAUUGUCCCUGCAAUGAAGAAACGAACUCUGGGGGAAACACUGGUGCCAGUAUUUGAGAGAAAAGGCAUUGACUUGAACCAGGUGGAGAUUUUCUUGGACCAUUCUUAUACCCCUCUGCCCUUGUAUUUCGAGGCAUAUCGUUUUGGUGGACACUACCUAAAAGUUAAAGCGAAAGCUGGAAAGGAGCUGAAGGUGGAACAGGCUGUAAAGGAAUUCAAAUCAUUGAGCUUACCCAUCAUACAUGAUUCGAUGGUCAACCCACCCUUUAUCUGCACCCCUGCGAUGGACAGGAUGGAUCAGCCUCUGCAGGGACAAGAAAACGUGGACAUGGGGGCAGUAGGCAGACGGAGGAAGAAUAUGAUGGAAUUCCUAGGAGACACCAGCAUCCCAAGUUCGGAUUCUCUUGCCCCACUCAGCUCCUCAUUGCCCAGUGGCGGCACAGACAGAUGGAAGAAUAGAGCUGCCAGUCGUUUCAGUGGGCUCUUCAGUUCUGGCGCGAGCACAGGGUCCUUUGGUCGGGAAAUGGAUAAAGCAGACCAGUUACAGAGUAAACUUCACGCAUACGGUUUGUUUGGACUGCCAAAGGUACCGGCACAGCUGCGGUUCGACCAGGACUCCUGGGAGGAGGAAGACACCAGCCUUUACCUCGAGGGGUCAUGGCAGGAGAUCAUUGAGGCUCCUGAGCAGAAGCUCACCCGGAAGCAAUUCCAUCAACAGGAGGCUCUCUGGGAGCUGCUGAAUACUGAGGCUGCCUAUAUUAGGAAGCUACGUGUCAUCACAGAUCUCUUCCUGUGCUGUCUGAUGAACCUGCAAGAAUCAGGCUUGUUGACUGAGGUCGACCCAAAGAAAUUGUUCUGUAACAUCCAGGAGAUUAUUCAAUUACACCAGGUUUUGUGGCGAGACGUGAUGGCUCCAGUAUUGCAAAAGACCCGGGAGAGCAAAACACUCCUCAAUCCCACGCACUUCCACAAAGGAUUCAAGAAGUUUGGAGAGCGUUUUAAGCCAUAUGUUCAGUACUGCAUGGAGGAGGAGGGCUGCAUGGAAUACAUGAGAAGCCAUCUCCGCGACAACGAACUCUUCAGGACCUAUGUAACGUGGGCAGAGAUGCACCAGCAGUGUAACCGGCUGAAACUCAGUGACAUGCUGGUCAAACCGCAUCAGCGACUCACCAAGUAUCCUCUGCUCCUCAAAUCAAUCCUGAAGAAAACAGAUGAUGCUUGUGCCAGGGAGGCCAUUGUUAGUAUGAUUAGUUCUGUGGAGAGUUUUAUCGCACAUGUGAAUUCCCGAAUGCGCCAAAGACAGGAGCAGCAACGACUGGCAGAGAUCAUCAGUCGCAUCGAUUCCUACGAGGUGGUGGAUGGAAGCUCAGAUGAAGUGGAGAAGGUUCUGAAGGAAUUCUGCCGCUUGGAUUUAACAGCUCCAAUGCUCGGGACGUCGCCUGAUGAAACAAGGCAAUUGCUGCUCGAGGGAAAUUUGAAAAUGAGAGAAGGGAAGGACAGCAAGAUGGAUGUUUACUGUUUCCUGUUUACUGAUAUUUUCCUCAUCACCAAACCUGUGAAGAAGAUGGAGAAAACCAAGGUGAUUCGGCAGCCGUUGUUCUUGGACAAAAUUGUCUGCAAGGAGUUGAGAGACCCUGGUUCCUUCCUGUUGAUUUACCUGAAUGAGUUUCACAUUGCAGUUGGUGCCUUCACCUUCCAGGCCAGUGUGACCAAUCAGUCUAGAAUGUGGAUUGAAGCCGUGUAUAAUGCUCAGAACCUGCUGGAGAGGUUACGCAGCCAUGAGUCAGCGCUGAAACAGUGCACGCUGCGUGAUGAGGAUGUAGAAAGUGCGACCUCAGAUACGCAGUUAUCAUCCUUGUUACACGACUACCACGAGUACACGGACACACUUGAAUCACAGCACAGUCCUUCAGGCAGCGUAUCAGAGACAGUUUCCAUUGCGAUCACUGAUGUGAAUGAAGAGCUCUUCUCGCCGGAUGAGGCUGGUACCUUUGCUUCUCAAUCUGAUGAUACUUCUCUUCACAGUGUGUUGUCCUCCAACACGACAACUCAAGAACUGCUUGGUCAUGCUGUGGCUUCUUCAGGCCUCCUUAUUCCAAAUGCCAAAGGCCCGGUUUUGGAGAGCAAAGGUUGCCACCCAGCCUCUGUCGACAGUGCAUAUGGCACCCUUUCCCCAUGCUCAGUUCAAGAGUUUGGGGUACAGCCACAGGAGUCAAUGAAUGAAUGUACAGCAUCAACACCUCCCCUGAAGUUAAACUCACUUGAGAUUCGCCAGCAGUGUUCAGUACAACCUGUGCAAGGAAAAAACAGCAUCUACAAAUCUAAAUCGGAGACCAGUCUUCCCCAGCUCGUUUCCUCAUCUUUAGACUCCCACGUUACAAAUCGGCCAUCGCUGAGCAAGAGCCUGAGUGAAAUCAAUGUGCCCUCUGAAGACAUUCUACAGUCUGCCUCUGACAAGAGACCAGCAAGCGCAUGCACGUUGCCCAGUCUGCACUGCGCUACCAGCACAAAGGUGAUGGACACCCUGAAGCGAGCAGAGUCUCAGCAGCUGAGAGCAGCUAUGAGCUCCGACUACCAGGGGAGGAGCAGGAAGGACGUGGACACUGAGGGUGUGAGUUCCAGUGACAGCGAGCUCUCGGAGGUGGAGGAGCUGGACUUUGUGCUUCAGUGUGCCCCCCCUGCAGACGGAGCAAGCUCGGAGCCUGAGUCGCAGCCCUGCAGCUUAUCCGACUCCAAAAAUGAGACGGAACUGAGCUCUCACCGUGUUGCAAUCGAAGUCACAGCCCACUGUGAACCAGGCGAGGACGUUAAAGAGCAACAUCUGAGUCAGAUCAGCACCUCAGAACAAACAACGCGGAUAAUGUCGGACCCUCGGUCUGUACAGCAUCGCAGACUCACCCUGGCACAACUCUACAGGAUCCGAACCACCAUGCUCCUGAACUCUACAUUGACUGCAUCGGAAGUCUAGAGUCGCCUUUAGCAGACAUGAACAGCGGGACCUGGAAUUCCACUGGGUGAACCAUUAUGGAACUAGGACUUUGACCUUCUGAGGCUCCCAUCAUUGCUGUCCGCUGGGCAUCUCUGCACGUGCUCCGAAGAUGACUGAGAACGCUGUUGAUAUUCGUGGAUUCAUUGAGGACUGAGUGACCGGUGGGAGGAAAGGACAGUGAGCGAUUGGGAUGCUGUACAUGUGGAACCACUGUUGUAGGAGUGAGGGAAAGUGUUUGUCAGGCUGGUGACUUUACCCAAUGAUUCCUGAAAAUCAAAAAAGUUUAACCUGUUAAUUGUCACUCAGCCAUCAGCAGGCCUGCUGACACUGCCAUAUGCCAAGGAAUAGGAUUUAAAUAUUAAACUUUAGGUUCCUCCCCUAAUGAUGCUGCCCUUUCUUCCCUACUUUCCUUUCUCCAAACUUUUCUCUUUUCCUUUCUUCUCCUGCUUGCACUUCCCUCCCUCCACUUGUGUUUGAACCUCUUCCCGUCCAGUUUUGCCUCUCUCCCCUCUUCAUUUCUACCUCUCAUGGAUCGUCUCCCCUCCUCCCGUCCACAUCCCCUUAUGAUCCGAGCAGGUAUGAACAAUGAGGCUAGACGGUUGUGAACUUGCCUGCCUGUGCAAUGCUCAUGGGACUUGUUCCUGACGUAGGGAAUCAUUUUCACUCUGAACCCAAAUUAGACAAAGGGAUUUUGUUUCAAAGUGAGGCUUGGACAGAGUUGGGGGGCAUCAAGCCCAAAGCUCUAUGUCAAGCAUCUAAUUUCUGCUCCACUAGGGGAAUGGCUCGCAUUCUCCAGUGAGGGAAGAAUUGACCAGAGUUCCUGCCCAGUCUUACUAUUCAAUGAUCUUUUUAUGAAGUUUGGACCAUGUUCAACUACCGUUCAGGCUCCUACAACAGAAUCUCCUUCACAAGUUUAAUAUUCUGAAUUGGCCUAAGAUAACCCAAUCCUCAGAGCUUCAACCAGGCUGAAAACCUUUUUACCAAACCAGGGACAGAAAGAGUUUUCCUGUGAUUUGGGAAUGCUGUUUUCUUUCUCUGCUUCCCUUAAAGCAGCAACAAUGUUCUUUCCUUAUUAAUGUAUAAAGUUUCAUAUUUAUUAAGC